CGCCUGCGCACUCAGGGGCCUUUUACGACGCCGUCAAGAAGUUCCGCGGAACCUAUAGCAGCCUGCUUCCGGUUGAGACGUUUCCCGGCCGGAGACCCUACUCUUUUUACCUCUGUGCGUCCGGAGCAGCGUUCCCGGGGCGGCAGCAUGGAGGCGCGUUUCACGCGCGGGAAGUCAGUGCUGCUGGAGCGUGCACUGGUGCGGCCGCGCACCGAGGUGAGCCUGAGUGCCUUUGCCCUUCUUUUCUCCGAGCUGGUGCAGCACUGUCAGAGCCGCGUCUUCUCAGUGGCCGAGCUUCAGGCACGCCUGGCUGCCCUAGGCCGCCAGGUGGGCGCCCGAGUCCUGGAUGCCCUGGUGGCCCGCGAAAAGGGUGCCCGGCGGGAGACCAAGGUGCUGGGCGCGCUGCUGUUCGUCAAGGGCGCAGUGUGGAAGGCUCUGUUUGGCAAGGAGGCCGACAAACUGGAGCAGGCCAAUGAUGACGCCCGCACUUUCUACAUCAUCGAGAGGGAGCCGCUCAUCAACACCUACAUUUCGGUGCCCAAGGAGAACAGCACGCUCAACUGUGCCAGCUUCACGGCGGGCAUCGUGGAGGCUGUGCUCACGCACAGCGGCUUCCCCGCCAAGGUUACAGCGCACUGGCACAAGGGGACCACACUCAUGAUCAAGUUCGAAGAGGCGGUUAUCGCCCGAGAUCGGGCCCUGGAGGGACGCUGACUCCACAGGAGAUAAAGGAUGAGCAGAUCCCGUUCCAGGCUCGUGUUGUUGUCUUGUGUAGGGGCACCAUAUCUGCCCACACUCUGAUCCGGGUCUUGAGUCCGAGUCCCAGGCUGAGGGAUUCCGAGGCAGGCGUGUGAGGCACAGGUGGAGACUGAACAAGUGGACAAUGGGCUGACCUAGCUUCUGGCUCUCAGGUGUGGGUGGAGGGUUGGGUAUACUGGGGAGGUAGGGCACCUGUGAAAUUAUAGUUGGAGCCUGCAUGCAGGGAUAUGAGGUUAAGAGGGACCAAGGCCUGGCAAACUGCCAGUGCUGUAGCUCAGUUGCUGGAGUGCCCUGGGUUUGAUUUUCUUUUUAAUGCCACAAAAAUUGGGCAUAGUGGUGCAGAUUGUCUCAUCCCAGCACUAGGAAGGUAGAGGGAGAAGGAUCAGAAGUUCAAGGCCGUCUUCCGAUACUUAGCAAGUUUGAGACCAGCUUUGGCAGCAUGGGAUUCUUUCUUAAACAAGUUUCAGGCAGGGGUACUUUUCCUUAAUGUAUAUUUUCUCAAAAAAUAGUAGAUAGUAAAGGAGAGGGUGUGACUGUGUGCCUAAAAAUGUAUGUGGAGAGUGAUUCUCCUUUUAGACCUUUGCUACUCAAGGUGGCUUGUGGCGGGUCAGCAUGGAACAGACAGCAUCAGUAUCCCUUCAACACCAACAUCAGUAGAAGCAUCAGCACCAGUGUCUCACACGCAGAAUCACUGGCCCACCUUAUACUGUUGGACUGGAAUUUGCAUCCUAGCCCCAUUCCCAGAGGAGUCCCUCAGUCUUUUAUUUUGAGAAGUAGUGCUUUAGGGCAUCAGAGUCACAUGGAGGAUUUUUUAGAACUCAGGUGGUCGGGCCCUACCCCUACAGUCAUGAUUCUGCAGUUUUGGGGUGUGCCUAAGAAUUUGUUUCUGGUACAUUCUGGAGAGCUGCUGGGUUUCCCAGGGAUCACACUGAGAACAAAUGGCACACCAGCCUCUCAAAGGGGGAAGAGUCCAAACCCAUCCAGAAAAGUUAUAUAUAUAUAUAUAUGUUUUUUUUAAAGACGGUUUCUCUGUAUAGCCUGGCUGUCUUAGAACUCUCUUUGUAGACCAGGCUGGCCUUGAAUUUACAGAGAUCCAUCUGCCUCUUCCUCCCAAGUGCUGGGAUUAAAAGUCACCACCACCACCACCAUCACCCAGUUUAAGGUUAGUAUUUUUAAAAUUUAUUCUGAGACAAGUUGCUGUCAGCCCACACCAGCUUUGAGCUUGCUAUAUGUUCCAGGAUAACCACAAAUUCCCAACACUUCUGACUCUACCUGAGGUUGGGUGUUUAACUUAGUGGCUUGUUACAUUAUUUUAGAGAGUCUCAACUAUGUAGUCGUGGCUGGCCUGGAACUCACUAUGUAGACCAGGCUGUCCUCAGACUUUGAGAUCUGCAUAUCUCCUUAGUGCUGGGAUUAAAGUUGUGCACCACCA